CCCUACUUUGUGCUUGAAGGAUGGGACCCACCCCGCAUGUUGGGUCUAAACAUGCUGACCACACCACUUCACGAAUCUCACGCCGGAAUCUUUCUUUUCCCUUAACAUAAUCAUGUAGGUUUGAGAAGAUUGUUGGCAACCAGACUAUCAUCAUCAACAAUUACUUGAAGAUGUUGAGAACCGUCUUCACCAUUUUGUCGGUUGCCUUGAUCGGGUCAAAGGCCGUAAAUGCAGCUGAGGCGCCGAGCACAACAUCCAGCGCGCCUGCUGCUACGCACACCGUUUCUGUUGGCGCUGUACGUUGUCGUCCAAACAUUUCGUUCUUUUCCAGAAAACUAACGUUUUAGUAGCAAGGGUUCAACUUUUCACCGAAUCAACUAAACGCAAGUGUUGGAGAUAUCAUUGGUAUGUGCUUCUUUCCUUCUCGGAUGCGGAAACUUGCGAAAACACUUACGAAUUCAUACUAACUGGCUCCCAGAAUAUCGUUUUUAUCCCCAAAACCACUCGUACGUUACCUUUACCUCGAAUUUCAUAUGCCGUAUUAUGUAAUACGAUAUUUGGUUUGCUUCUCGGCAAUGUAAAUGUAGCUUUGGAUAUUUAUGGAUUGAGAUCUCCGACAGCAUUGGCUAAUACUCCACAAAACAGGGUAUCAAGAGCAGCUUUUGGAAACCAGCCAUGCAUACCAUAUGAACUGUCAGGUCCUGGAAGGGUUGGGUUCUGGAGUGGGUUUAAGCCAACACAGGUGGUUUCGAACGAUGUAUGGAUUCCAGUUCAUGGGUUGAACAAAUGGCUAAUCCAAUCAACUAUAGCUCCCGAUGUUCAGGCUACGAGUCAACGAUACAGAUCCGUUUUUCUUUUACUGUUCUUCUCCCGAUGCAUGUUUGCAAGGAAUGAUAGGGGUGGUAAAUCCUGUUGGUUCUCCAAGUUUACCUAAUUCAUGCUAGAAGGAACUAACAUUGUGACUGAUAGAACGCCACGUUCAGCUAUGAAGCUCAAUUUGGAUAUACCCAGAAAGCGGUGAUAUACCUCAGUCCAGGGGAGACUUUCCCGAAAGAGGAAGCUUCGUCGAGCACUGUUUUACGAACAACUACCGCGACGGGCGCUUCUACUACACCGACGUCUGCUCCAGCUGCGACGAGUUCUGCACCUGCCCUCGUACCUGCUGAGCAUUCCCAUGGUCUGUCCACAGGAGCAAUUGUCGGAAUCGCAAUUGGAGGAGUUGCCGUUCUUGUUUUAGGCGCAGCGCUCGCUUGGAUGUGUGGAAGACAAAGAACCGUCAAGGAAAUCAUGCGACAAUCUCAACAACCAUCAUCACAUAAUCCGAACAAUCACAAUUCAUAUCAAGCUUCCAUGGCGGACAUGCCGGAAGCUAAUUACUCAAACAUGCAAAAGCUGCCGUUAUCUGGACAAAAUUCUCCAGGUUACGUUUACGGUACACCGAUGAUGGAUCAGCAUUCUUAUCGUAGUGCUUCGCCACCAAUCGAUGAGAGAACACAAAUGAUGGGAAUGGAGCGCGCUAUACAUCCAAACCAUUACCAGGGUGGACAUCAAAGCAAUAAUUCGUUACCGAAUACCCCGGGAUUCCCUUCUCCAGCGUAUACACACGAGAUGGAAAAUUCAGGCAUGUCACCUGCGGCUGUAGGCAUGAGGUAUGUACACUUUCUCACCUCACCUCUCAUUCCUCAUCAUAGUACUGUACUCUGUAGGGCUGCAGUAGCCGACCUCAGUUUCGGAUAUAAAAAUACAGCUCAGCUGAGUGAUACCCGUUUAAGAUUAUGCUGACACCCCCCUCAGACCAUACAAUCCCAGCGAAAUACGACCCCCGACCUCCAGCGGGCCACAUGAGAUGGCAGUCCCUUCUCCUACCACUCCCCAGCGAGCGCCGAGUACUGGGAACCCGCCGACGCGAGGGGCGGAUGAGACUAGGCCGUUCUCGUACACGGAUAGCGAGAGUGGGUACAGGUCUGAUAAGAACGAUAUUUCGCUUCAUUGAGGAACGAGGCGAGGUGGUGAUGGGUGGCUAUGGAUGUUUACGGGUGGAAUAUUGUAAUUGAAUGGUGAUUGGUGAUUGGAGGGUUUUUGAGGGCGUUAGAUUUGGGGUAUACCUGGUUGGGAUAUAUCAGAUGCUUCCUUUCAAGUGGAAUAUUCCAAUGGGGGAACUCAUGGCUUGGAAAUUAACCAAUUUUGAAUUUUGGCAUGGAGUUGGGGCUUCUUUUAUUUGGAUCGGAUGCAUCGUUGUGGUUUUGGACGAAUGAGACGGCUAAAGUACUACUCACCUCACCAUCGGGUCGGCGACGAAAUGAAAGAACACGCAGUUUUUUGGGUUGAACGGAGAAAACGAACGGGUUGUAUAUUUAAUAGUUGGCAGUUGCAUGUUGAGAUAUCUUUGGUCGACAAAUGGAUGGGUGUCGUUUGUGGUUGGGGGUGGUAAACGGCCUACAAAUCUCUCGAUAUAUAAAGUUCA